GAGAGCACCGCGCUCCUGGUCCGCCCCCAAGUUGCAGCACGAGCCAUUUAGCAGUGCGAGCUGGGCCAGCUGUAGAGCGCGCGGGCGCGUGUGCGUGCCCCCCUCACUACCCCUGCCCCCACGCGGAGAAAACCAUUACCAAAUAGAGCCCGAGCGCACGCGGAGCGAUGGCUGCAGCAGCGGCGGCAGCAGCAGACCUGGAUUGUGUUUACGACGCAGCGCACGAGAGCGGCAUAACCUCGGGAGAAACGGACACCGCGCGCACCCGAUUUCUAAACGCACAAUCAUUUACGCGCAGUGUCUGCCAGUGAGCCCGCGAGGCUGCUUCAUCAGCCCGUCUGACGUCUCCUUCCCUCGGCGAGGAUCCGCGCGGUCUCCCCGCUCGCUUAACCGUUGUUGUGGAGCGCAGCUGCAAGCGACACCGAUCAGCGUGAUCACACAUGAGGAGCGCCAGCGAACCGUGGAAACCAUUCAUCUCCACCGUCAAAAUACCACGCACGCGACGCCAGCGCGCUGAUACUGGAAUCUAGAGCGGCCCCCCGGUGCCCCAUCCAUCCAUCCAUCUAUCCAUCCAUCCAUCCAUCCAUCCAGCGGCGCUGCGCUAAGCGGGGGAACCCGAGAGCAUCCCUCCAUCCCACCCUGCCUGUCCUCCCCCUCCUCCUCAUCAUAUGUCAGUGCUCCAGGGGGGUCUCAUCUAAGUCAGGGACCAGGGGGGAGGAGGAGGGAGGCUGUUCGUGGCCGCGGUAGACGCACCCUCCGCGAGGUGAGGCUGGGCUGAAGCGCCGCUGUGUCGGAGGAUGCUGCGGGAGUAGAGCGGCUCAGAGCGGAAGAUGGGGAAGGACCAGGAACUGCUGCAGGCGGUGAAGACCGAGGACCUGCUCACCGUGCAGAAGCUGCUGCAAAGGCCCCGGCCAGGGAAAGCAAAGCUCCUCGGUUCUGCAAAGAAAGUGAAUGUCAACUUCCAGGAUACAGACGGGUUUUCUCCGCUGCAUCAUGCGGCGCUCAACGGGAACCUGGAGCUCAUCACUCUGCUGCUGGAGUCACAGGCUGCUGUCGACAUCAGAGACCACAAAGGUAUGCGGCCUCUGCACUACGCAGCCUGGCAGGGGAAGGCGGAACCCAUGAAGAUGCUGCUGAAAUCUGGUUCGUCUGUCAAUGGCCAGUCAGAUGAAGGACAGAUUCCUCUCCACCUGGCGGCGCAGCACGGCCACUAUGACGUGUCGGAGAUGCUGCUGCAGCACCAGUCCAACCCGUGUAUCGUGGAUAACGCAGGGAAAACACCUCUGGACCUGGCCUGUGAGUUCGGCAGAGUCGGGGUGGUCCAGUUGUUGCUGUCCAGUAACAUGUGUGCUGCUUUGCUGGAGCCCAAAAAAGGAGACACCACCGACCCCAACGGGACGUCUCCCCUCCACCUGGCCGCCAAGAAUGGACACAUAGACAUCAUCAGACUGUUGAUCCAGGCAGGUAUCGACAUCAACAGACAGACCAAAGCGGGCACGGCCCUGCAUGAAGCUGCCCUGUGUGGGAAGACCGAGGCAGUGAGACUCCUGCUGGAGAGCGGGAUCAACGCCACAGUGAGGAACACCUACAGCCAGACGGCUCUGGACAUCGUCUACCAGUUCACUGCAACACAGGCCAGCCGAGAGAUCAAACAGCUGCUGAGGGAUGCUUCAGCGGCCCUUCAGGUUCGGGCUCUGAAGGAUUACUGCAACAACUACGACCUGACCAGCCUCAACAUUAAAGCAGGGGACGUCAUUACGGUUCUGGAGCAGCACCCAGACGGACGCUGGAAAGGCUGUAUCCAUGACAACCGGACAGGAAACGACCGAGUCGGCUACUUCCCUUCCACCAUGGUGGAGGUCAUCAGCAAGCGCACAGGUUUGGCCAGCACAGUCAUUUGCACUCAACAGUUUCAAAAGAUACCGCUGGUUCCUCCGGCGACGGUUGCCCCUGCCAACGCGGUAGUCAACGGCAACGACACCACGUUCCAUCAGAUCCAUAUCCUGCCUCCACCGCCUCCUCCUCCACCACAUUCCCAUCAGCCACUGCUUCCACUUUUCACUUCCUUUGGCUAUAACAAGUCGCCCGUGACAACCCCACAGGGAGACACACCCACUGCCCCAGGUUGCCGCGGCUCAGAGGCAAGUCCUCACAGCUCUCCCACCACAUCCAGCGGGCCCCAUGGAGGCUCCAACGAAGAGAUCUGGGUACUGCGCAAGCCCGUGGCAGGUGGAGACCGCAGCAGCGUGGGUAGUUCUGGCAGUGUGACCAGUGUGAGGUCGUCGGGCAGCGGUCAGAGCGCCGGCAGUGCUGCACACAUCCUCCACGCACAGGCUGAAGGGGUAAAGCUUCUUGCCACAGUGUUGUCCCAGUCUGCCAAAGCCAAGGAGCACCUACUGGAGCAGUCCAAGUCUGUGGACCAGCCGCCAGGCUCCGCAGGCUCCUCUCGGACAUCAAGCCAAUCGGGUUGUCCACUCCACGAAGCGCCGCCUUACGACGCCACGGCAACCAGGAAGGGGGAGGGGCAAGGCGAGGGGAAGAGCUCAGAGGCCGUUGUCCAAUGGCUGAGCGACUUUCAGCUGCAGGUCUACGCUCCAAACUUCCUGGGCGCUGGGUAUGACUUGCCCACCAUUAGCCGAAUGACCCCGGAGGAUCUGACAGCUAUCGGAAUAACUAAACCAGGUCACAGAAAGAAGAUGACAUCAGAGAUCAACAAGCUGAGUGUCAGUGAGUGGCUGCCUGAGCACAAACCUGCCAAUCUAGGAGAGUGGCUGUCUGCUAUUGGUCUGAGCCAGUACCACCAGGUGUUGGUGCAGAACGGUUAUGAGAACAUUGAGUUCAUCACUGACAUCACCUGGGAGGACCUGCAGGAAAUAGGCAUCAUUAAACUGGGCCACCAGAAGAAGCUGAUGCUGGCGGUGAAGCGACUGGCUGAAAUGCAGCGCAGUUCAGAUGGGCGGGGCUCCCUCAGAAAGAAACCCCCGCCAAUCACACAGCAGCAGGACGUCAUGUCAAUGGAGAGCCCGCCUCCAGACGAAAUCAUGUCUCCAAAGAUGAGCACUUUCCAGGACAGCGAGUUGAGCACCGAGCUACAGAGUGCCAUGACCCAGCCAGGUCAGGAGGUCAAAGCUCAGCGAACACGCAGCAAAGACCACGAUGAGGUGAUGACAGGUGGAGGAGGAGGAGGUGCUGGGCCACCUAAGAAGGAGGCGCGGACUAUGAGGCAGCAGAGCAGCCAGGGAAGCACCUCCUCUCACAGAGGCAGCGUCUCCUCUCAAGGCAAACACCGUCACUCCCACUCCCAUUCGCAGCCUGCCCCUCCCUACACGCCGCCUCACACCCCCACCAAGACCAGGACCUCCUCUUCCUCGUCCACCUCCUCCGUCCAGAGCACAGCUUCCCCACAGGCCAAACACAAGCCGUCCCCUCAGUUCAUCCAGGGGGAGAGACCUCAGUCGCCGCGCUCCCACCCUCCUCAGUCUCCAACCCAACGCGGACCUCCAUGUAACCAGCUUCCGCCUCAGCAACAACAGCAGCCUCAAGUCCAGCCGCAGCACCAGGCGCACCCUCAGCACCACCCACAGACACAGGUGAUGGAGGUCAGGGAGAACCAACAACAACAACAACAACAGCAACAACAACAGCAGCAGCAACAACAACAACAACAGGUCCCGGUCCUCUGCCUCCCACCAGAGGCGGAGCUGGCUGAGGGAGAAGAAGAGCCUUCAGCGCUCCAGAAGAAACGCGCCCACAGCCUCAACCGAUACGCCGUCUCAGAUGGUGAGUGUGACGAGAGGGCAGGUGGAGGCGGAGGACGAGAGGGAGAUGCAGAGGUGGCGGGAGGUCAGGGCUCUGCCGUCGUCAGAGCAGACGGAGUUAAGUACGCCACGGUGACCCACCGCGUCAGUCGCAGCCACUCCGUCCGCAACCAGGACAAGACUGUCGGCCGCAAUCAGACGCAGUCGUUUGCUCUGCGUCAGAAGAAAAAAGGCCCGCCCCCACCGCCGCCCAAACGCUCCAGCUCUGCGAUCUCCACCUCCAACUCCAACCUGACAGAAGCGAACGCGCAGCCGCAGACGGUCACCACCACGGGGGGGAUGCUGGACGUGCCUUACCACCAACAGCGACGGGCCAGUGACCUGGGAGUGUCUGUGGAGGCCGCUAAUGUGGAGACGAGCAGCGUGGGUAGUGUGAGGAGCAUCGCCGCCAUGUUGGAGAUGUCUUCCAUAGGGGGUGGAGCCAAAGGCAUGGCGCUGCAGAAGAACUUCCUGCAGGUGGGAAAAACACGUGACGCCAUCGGUCUGGACGGCGAAGUGGUGAACAGACGGCGGACCAUUAGUGGCCCAGUAACGGAGCUGGUGGCGGCUGCCAGGCGUGACCAACCAGCUCCCUCUGCUUUCCCCGCUCCCUCCGUCCAGCCUGAAACCUCCCCUCCCCCUGUAAACUCCUCCUCCCCCAACCCUCCGUCUUCCCCCCACCCGAGCUCGGGAGGCAGUGGCAGCUCAUCGGAGAACUUGCCGUUUGCAGACGAGGGAAAUCUGACUAUCCGCCGCCAGGGUCGAGGAGAAGGAGAAGGACAGUGUGUAUUUUGUGUCUGUCUGCAGGGCGACGGCGAGGCUCCCCAGGGAGACGGAGGCUACGCGCAGGACGACAUCUCCAGGGUCGAGGGCACAGGGACUUUGAAGCGACGGCCCCGCAGCAGCUCCAAGCCCCACCCCAAUGGCUCCGACUUCACCCUCCAGGAGUCGUCCACCGUCAAGCGACGACCCAAGAGCCGCGACAAGGAGCCAGAGGGCUACACAGACAUGGCCGCCAACGGAGAGCCUGUGGCGACUGGGCAGCCGAACACCACGCAGCCGGUGCCGUACCAGAACGGCACAGCCACAGUGAAACGCCGCCCAGUGUCUGAUACUGGAGUGACGGAGCAGCCGCAACCUCAGCCUCAACCACAACAAGUAACGCCUGCUCCUCGCCGGGACUCUGUGGACCAAUCAGCUCCAGUGGCCAAUGAAGGAGGUCCGGUGAGAAAACCAAAGCCUCCGGUUUCCCCGAAGCCUGUCGUGGCUCAGAUUAAGAGACAGGGAGGUCCACCAACGCCCCCGCAGCCUGUCUCCAACAAGAGAGUCCCCCUGCCGGGCCCGGGGACGCCUGGAAGCCCAGUGGAAGGAAAGAAGAUCCCUCCUCCUGUCUCGCCUAAACCGACGCCUCCGCCCACGGCACCCAAACCGGCUAAGCUCAUCCACUCAAUGACCAGCCCCCCCUCUCCAACCCCGGCCCCGAAUCCGGCGAACGCUCCAGUGAAGCAGCACCCUGCGAUGGCCCGACAGACCAGCUCACCCCCCUGCUUCCCCCCUUCCAACAUCCCCAGCCCGCCAAACACCAAGCCACUGAGCCCAUCUCCCCAGAGCCCCCACACCCCGCAGACCCCGCCCACACCACAGACGCCCCAGACCCCUGCCACUCCCAGCCCGACCCCACCACCUGUCAAGCCCCCUCGCUCCUCCAUUGGGGGUGUGUCUGUGGAUAGCGGGAUGUCAGGAGGCGGGGUGACGGCGCCGGUCGCGACAACGCCGGACUUCAGUGUGGAUUCUUUGGUGCAUCAGAAACUGGAGGAGACGAGUGCGUCGCUGGCAGCGGCUCUGCAGGCUGUGGAGGAUAAGAUACUGCGGCAGGAUGACUCUGUGGCCGAGCAGAAGACCACGGUCAGCAUCCUCGACGACAUCGGCAGCAUGUUUGACGACCUGGCCGACCAGCUGGACGCCAUGUUGGAGUAACCACAGAAACCAGUCUGCGCGUCUCCACGGCAACGCUGCAUCAGGAGUGACUCAGACGGCACAAUGGGCAACAACAUGCCUCUCUAUUCCUCUCUCUUUCUCUCUUCAUCCUCCUUUCUCUGUCGUGCUCAUCCCCCUCUCACUCCUCCUGCUGUCCCUCCGUCCAUCCGUCCGUCUAUCGCUGCUGCUCUGGAACACCUCCUCUCUCCUCCUCUUCCUCUCAUCUCCUGUCGCUGACGAUGAAAAUGACAGAGCAGCGCCACAAGCCUGGACAGACGUGUGGCAGAGAGAGAAUGAAGAGAGAGACGCUAACAAAAAGAGAGGCUUUAAUAAAACAAAAAAAAAGAGAAGGACCAAAAACGACUGAUGUGGAGAGGAAAAAAAAAAUCACAAGACAGAGAGACGAAGAAGAAAUGCAACAAGAUGGAGGAGACUGCAAUCAAAACGUGGGUCUUUUCAGAACUCCACACGGACUCUUGAAGCUCCGACAGCGAACAAAUAAACUAAACUAAUACUGAUUGAAAAACCAACUGUGUAUGAAUCAUAGUCUGGUAUGUGUACAUUCUAAGCAUGGAGAGUUUAUAUCUACUGAAAAAGUCCUGCAUUAGCACAGUAAUAUAUAUAAUAUACCGAUAAAUAUGAAUCUCUAGCUCUUUGGUUUGAUGUCUUGGUUCUGUGUGGAAUGGUGACCUCUGGUGUUGUGACGAUGUAAAUGACUUGGUGGAAAGAUUUUUAUCUGUGACCAAAACGAGACUAUUCAGCUCCUGAGGGGUGUGUGUGUGUGUGUGUGUGUGUGUGUGUGUGUGUGUGUGAGAGAGUGUGUGAGUGUGUGAGAUAGGGACAGUGUGACAGAUGUGUGCGUGAGAGCAUGUUGGAAUUUCAGGAUCAGAUUCAGUCCUGGCUGCGUUCAAAACACUCUGCUGCAUCCUCAUCAUCACCCCCAACACACACACACACACACACACACACACACACACACACACACAGGAGAAGCACAAUGACCCAUGCAGCCAGCUUGCACACACACACACACACACACACACACACACACGGGGAGUCUGCACAAUAUGAACCCAGUGAGAGGAGAGGAAGCUGCAGGAAGGCGACAGCAGGUUGUCUGAAGGAAGGAUUUCAGGAUGUUAUUAAAGGGGAGCAAAGUUUUAGCAAAGUGGAGGUGGUGAAGAUUUUAGGAGGAAGGGUCAAAGGUCAGAUUGGACUCAGCUGCACCACAAGCAGCAGGGUCAGACACUUGUGGCUACAGAGAGAUGGGAACUCAGUUUGACCUGACGGUUUCAAAUCAUUCCUGAUACCUGCUGUUAUCUCUGAAGAAAACAAGGAUCCAGCAACACGCCCAGAAAACUGAAAACCUUUUGACUAUUUUCGAACACUUAUAAGUAGGGAUGGAUUGAUGCAACUUUUCCUCUUCCAAUACCUUGAAGGGAAAUUUUCAACCUGGACUUUAUUUUUCCUGUUUUGUGUCUUAUGGGAACAACAGUUUUUAAAUUGUUCCCGUAUUGAGAGCACUGCAGCCAGCGAGGGGCGAAACCACCUGCGAUGUAACCACUCAGGGUGUGAGCGCAGCGCUAACGUACGUCUCAUUUACACACAAUGUCAGUUCAGUCAGACAUCUCACGUUUAAAUGUUUAUUUCAACAGCAGAACAUAGUCGGAGUUUGGCGACCUCAUCACUCCUCGCAGAUGUGUUUACAUAAGAUAUUGGGGAGUGAUGAUUAGAUUAAUUGGUGGAUGCUGGGGUGGAGGUAGGGCUGAAAGAGCAAGCAGGGCAGCAGCGGCACUGACAGAGCAAAGGGAGAACUCGGGAGAUUUUGCAGCUUAAAUAAACCGCCAAAUAGGGAGGGUGUGUUUUGUAGAUGGCGUGUGGGGAGUGACGUAUGACGUGUGUUUAUGAAUCAGUGCACUCGGAGACAGACGAAGCCUUCUGUCCGAACGCUGCGUUGAUUUCCUCUGUAUGUGUGCAUGCUUUCUAAAAGCUUACAGAAGAAACUGAGCAGAGAUCGUGGUCAUUAACGUAGUUCAAGCGAGAUACGACUGUGGAAGACGACGUUUAAAAAACAGAACAAACCAGAAAUAUAUCGGUGGCGAUUCUCAGUCAUCCAGGUCAUGGUAACCAUUAGUGCUGUAUCGUAGGCACCUGGACUCACUUGAGUUUCUUGAAGACGUUUAACCUCUCAUCCAAGAAGCUUCUUCAGUUCUAACAGACCGGUGCAGAGUCUCUGAGUUGUUGACCCACCUGGCCAUCGUGUGUGUCAUUAGGGUCGGAUGGGUCCAGGUGUGAAUGGGUGUCAAGUCGUCUGGGGAGGGAUCUCAAGGCCGCAUUGUAGGUGGGUGAUAAGUGCUGGUUGGUUCGGAUCCAGGUCGGAACACCUUCUCACCACAAACCAACCGCACCAGAGUUCCUUUGGAACCGGACUGAGACCACCUCUUCAAGAAGGUCUCAGUCCGGUUGUUUUGGUGCACACCUGAGUGUGAUUGCUGUGUUCACACCUGCCCAAACCAACCGCACUGAGGGGGCAAACGGACUUGAGUUUGAUUGAACCGAACCAAACAGGGCAGGUGUGAAAUCACACUAAGAAUAACAAGUGACAAAAACAAACACUUUUAGUGGACGUUCAUUGACGAGUCGCUAAUUGCCCUGAAGGAUUACAUUGGAUGGAAAACAAAGAAAGAAAACAGGGAAAUUAGGGUCCAGGUUGAAAAAUACCAAAGUUACCCUUUAAUUUAAAUUAUCAGAUGAUGCAGAUUAACGAUCCAGUAUUUGUGCUCCCUUUGUCCCAAAAUUUAAAAGUCCUACUCAGACAUAUUAAUCAUUCUCAUUUGAACAGUGAUUUGUUUCUAAAAAAUAAUUUACCAUGUUAAAAAAAUCAGAACUACAAGUGUUGCUUCUCCUUCAUUGAGAAAUCCUGAAUCUAUGAGCAGGCUUUUAUUUUUAUAGGUGUGUUAAAACCUGUCAGUCAGCAGCCUGCCUCUGGUGAGUGAAUGUAAGUGAUAGAGGAAACAUUUAAUUUUAUAACACUAUUUAACAUGGAUCUGACUGAAUCUGGAUCUGAGGUCAGAUACUGGUGCAUCCCUACUUUAAGGCCCCGUGUUCACUCGUAUAUUCAGAUCCAAAACUUUCCAGAAUCCCUGAAAUCUUCUCAGCAGGAAAUAAAACGUAGAUCACAUCAUGUCCUCCCUGACACCUCGGUGGACAACCGUCCUCUUUCCAUCUCUCUCUCGUCCCACACGCUCCUAACCACCCACCCCGUGUUGCCAUGACAAUCUACAUUAUCACCCUCACCAUCCUCAUCAGCAUCACCAUGGUUACAACAGUGUGUUGCCAUGACAUGGGAUAAAAAUAAAAAAAAAGUGCGAGCGGCAGCAGAGAUCUGUGAAGCUGGAUGGUUUCAUGUUUAAAGGGGCACCCCAGUGAUUCAGCAUCACACCUCCAUAAAGAGUCUGGAUACUACACUACCCAUGAUGCAACUCAUGUCUUUCACAGGGCUGUACCAAGUGGUCCAAAUCUUCAUUUAUGACACUGACAAAAUUCCAAAUCAAUAUUUAAAUGCUUGUUUUGCAUGUUUGUUCAGUCAGUUUAAACCCUGUAUUUCUGCACAGGUGCAGAUAUAGAUCAGACCAGAGGUUCCCAACUGGUGGGUCGCGGCCCAAAAGUGGGUCCACUCUUAAUAAACCGCAAAUGACACGACAAACAUGUCAAGUCGGGCACAUAGCUUUUACUCUGAAGUGCCGAUUCCUGCUGUAGAGUGAAUGACUAACAGACAGAUACUUAACAAAGACAGCAAACUAGCUUGAACGCAAGUAUGACACUGAAUAUAUUAAACUGUGUGGACCUUUAUCUUAGAGAAGAAGAAGAAAUCUGAACCUCAUGGCUGAAUUAGUUGGGAACCACUGAAUUAGACUACAAUAACUGUAUUAGUAUUAUACUAUUUGCUGAAUUGGAUUCCAGUGGUGGCUGCAAACUCGUGUGAUUCAAAAAUUUAUAUUAACUCCAGGGUGUUUUUAAGUCCAGAAUUCUGAAUUUUAUUGGGGAAAAAAAGAUGUAAUCAUUUUCAAAAUUCCCAGCGUUUAUAUGUAAUGAAAUAUUCUGCUUUAAUUAGGGAUGUCAUUGGUUAACAGCCUUAAAUAUUUUUGGCUGGUUAUAAAUGUCUGUCUACAAGUUAAUUAUGUUAACAAUAUGCCCACUUUCCAGUCUCCCUCCGAGGUCUUCCGCUGAGUAAGCAGCUUAAUUUUGCCCCCUUAAGCAUUGUUAACGAUGUUAGCACUGUUAGCACAAUUAGCAUCGCUAGUGGUGCUAACAAAGUUAACAAUGCCAAAGGGGGUUUGUGGUAAUAAAAAAAAAGCUGCUUUCUCAACAGAGAGAUAUGUGGGGAAGAUCGAAGGGUGGCCACCAUGUUGCCACAGCCCAAUGAGUGGCACCACUCCGGGUGGUACCAAGCCCCCAGUAAGAGCGCCGGGCUUUGAAGCCAAUUCAACAUCGUGUUCAAAAGUGGAACUACACAGUUAUGUGAUGUCAUAGGGCCAAAAAGACUUUUUUCCAAAGACAUAGAUUGUGGAGGAGACGUCUGUAAAUCAGCGGAUACAUUUUGUUAAACGUUACAUCCCUGCUGAUGACUCGUUUCACUAUGGGGAUUGGACCCAUUCAAUCUAAUAACAUUUUAAAAGUCUAGAAGAGCCACACAAUUAAAUUGUUUCAUCCCCGGUUAAGUUAGCGAAGCACUAAACCGCAAGUUAGCUGUUCAGCUAGUGGACGUCGCUAGUAGGCCUACACCUGCUCUAUUGGCACCAUAAUUCCGAAGAUCAGGAAGAUAGAGCUUUUUUGGCUUCAUGUGCCACUGAGCAGCUUUUACAGGAAUGAACAGGGGCCCGCCUCUAACGGUGGUACGUACCGUAGAGCAGCCAAGGUUAACACUGGCCAACCAGGAGAGACCAGCGGGUUAACUAUGUUCCCGCAUGUUACCGGCUAGCUGUUAGCAAAGUCAACAAAGCCAACAACAAAUGUAAUAAAAGGCAAGACAUUACUUACAUGCUCUGCGAUUAAUUAAUCUAAAUUAAUUGCAUACAUACAUUUUUGCUGUGAAAGUAUUUUAAAAAUCAGUUCAAAGGAAAUUUUGUCCCAUGUGUUGUCGUAAAGCUGCUGGAUUUUGGACACAGUCGUCCCCCUGUCUUCUACCUUUUGGAAAGUUUUAAGGGUGAUGAUGUCUCAGUGUAAGAUGACUGACAUUUGGUACAGCCCUCGUGUUUCAUUAGACCCUCUCUACCUGGUAAAAAGCUGCACUAACUAACCAGGACUAGAACGCCCAUAUUCAUGUGUAAAACUGGUGGAGUGCCCCUUUAAGUUCCUCACACAGGUGCAAUACUCUGAUAUUCCAUAUGCACCUCAGCUUAUUAAUAAAAUCCAGGUUUCACAGUGCGACAGCAGCCGACCACACUCCUCAUAUAAACGAGUAAGACUUCAGAGAAUAGUUGUGGUAUUUAAAUUAUGAUCACAUAGAGAUUAUAUAUAUGGAUAUUUGCAAAAAAAAAAAAAUAAGAAGUGUAUUUAUGAUGUGUGUGUCAUCCUGAAGACUAUUUUUCAAAGUAAACAGAUCUAAUCUGAGUGUUGAGUCAGUUUGCUUCUCCAUGCUUAAAGUGGUCCGAGCCGAUCAACGAUUGUAGGAUACCAUGUUGGGAUAUAACCAGGAAGCGUUUGUUUUUUAUUUUCCUCUGCCUACAUGUGUCCAGGUGUGGCGAUGUGUAUAAUACAAGCAAUUCUUGUUGUUACGUUUUAUUAUUUUUCUAUCAUUUUAAAUGCAAUGUUUGUUUCUUUUUCUUUGAAACAUGUGCCUUGCUUUGUGAUUUUGGUCUGACUACAAUACAGUAGAUGGGUAUGUACAAUAUCUGAGGAUCUCUCUCGUGUUCUGGUUUGAUUUGUUAGUCGAUAUCACAGGAAAUUACGCAGCCGCCCCCAAACGCCACUGAUGAGAUGUGAUAUUUGAAACAUAAAAUCAUCAGACGAAACCCAGAAAACUUAUUUUAAUACGACAGCUACAUUUUGGCCUCUUCACACGAUGCGUUCACAUGCUCGCAGGAACAUUUAACAUCUAGGUGUCCCAGGUAAGACGCUGUAUUCAGGUGAGAACAUUAAAGGUAGUGACGGCGCGACAUUUUGGAAAAUGCACUUAUCUGAAGUAGCUUCAAAAAACAAGACUAGUACGAAUCUUCUGAUCCAGCUCUCAGCAAGAAAGUUAAUAAGAAUAUUUUGACUCGCAACUCGCAACUAUUUUAAUGACUAUUUUUAGCGACUUCUUUCAAAUAACUGUAGAAAACAAGCGUCACACACUCUUACUCCAUAUCUUCCCGAGACCUGAACUUUUGUUUGAUUUGAUUUAUUAAUUUGACCAUUAAAAAAGACACCGAAAAGGCAACACAUUCUCACUCCGACCUCGUCACAUAUCGACGUUUGGUCAUGGGCUUUCCACCUCCAUAUAUGACGUGCAAGGUACCCUGGGUGUGUUGGUUGUUGACGUUCUGGGACACCGUGUCAAGUUUUCUUUCUCUUUUAAGAUACACUUCUGUUUUCGAAGGAAAUUUAAAGUUUACACACAGUCUCUUUAAAAAUAAACACACUACGUCGGUACAACACCACAAAUAUCUUUGUCCCAGGAUGUGCCCAAAGAAAAUGGCGGUACGUCAGAAACUACAAGGAGCAGAAUCGAGUGCUUGGUAUAUCUGAACUCCAAAAAGUCUAAGAUCAACAAUAUGCACACAAAACAGUUCGUAAAACAUGUUAAAGUUUUUUCUCGUUUUUUAAAAAUCCUGAUGAUUUAUAAAAGUGUGAUUUUUCAUUCCCAGCUGGCGUUUUAUUUGUCUCAUGUCUGCUGAAUCAGCGUCACUGUCGACUUGUUUUGAUUUUGAGAGCUGAAUCAACAUUGAUUUCGCAGUUGUUUCAUAAACUUUAAAUGUUGUUUCAAAAUUGUUUUGACAUUGAAACAGAUCUUUUUGAAAUUUCAAUGUUGAUUUGUGAGAAAUUUGUUCACCUUCUUACAACCAUCAGAAUUAAAUGUUUCAAUGUUCGUUAUAUGUUAAAAUAACAACUGAGAUCAUUUCAACCACAUUACGACACUGAAGCUUUGUCGUGUGCCAGCUGGGGAUCUAAAAAUUUUAAAAAUGUAGCGUUAGAUAUUUGCCCAAAAUAUGUCCAUACCAGAUUAAAGACUUUCGAUCAAUCAGAACAAAUGUUGCCCUAUUUUUCCGAAUACUAAAUCUAGUUUUGGGGCACAAAUGAGCUAAUCAGUAAACUGUCCGUUAUGAUGUUCGGUCCAGCUGUAACCACGUGUAAUAAAUGUAGGUGUAUAUUUAAAUCUUUCGACCUGAUGUUUAUGUGAAAUUUCCCGGCAGAAAGUACGUUUAUCUAUUUCGGUGCGUGUGAAUCGACCACAACUUCCCCUAUCAGAGGCUGCACAGAGGUCAAAGGUCAACUCUCUUUUGUACUCCCACCACACAGACAUGCCCUCGUCUCCUCCCCGCACUGCUGCAGAUUUAUAAACUGUCACUAUUUGCCUUUCUCCUCGGGUCUCAUUUUGGUCAUCUCUCAUGUUGGAGGCAUGUGUUUGGGCGUGUGGGGAUCGGGGUCAGGCCACAGUGGUGAAAAUAACAAACACAGAUGGUCAGAUAUGUUGUGGAGCAAAAGUACUGUUCAUUUUCUUUCUUCAAAGAAAAGGCCGAGCUGUUUUUAUUUGGUUUUCCGCCUGUGCUUCUCUGAACAGACGCCGACCGGUGUCUCCUCUGCUCUGCAGUGACUGUAUGCGGAUGCUUGAGAGAGGCUGUGUGAGUGUGUGUGAGAGUGUGUUAUGUGUUGCUCUCUGCUGUUGACUGUAUGAAACCUGUGUGUGUGUGUGUGAGUGUGUGUGUGUUGUAGUGACUGGACAGUGGUGUGUGCUUGCAGUGACUGCAUCUUAUGGCCAUCUGCUCUGAAUAAAUAAAUGUUCUAUACAAACUGCA